AUGGGUGCUUGUGCAGUUGUGCUACUCGUCAUUCUCACCGUCAUUUUCCCUCCGCUCGGGGUAGCCUGUGUGGCAGGAUGUGGAGCGGACGUCCUUAUCAACAUAUGCCUGACAAUUCUUGGAUACUUCCCCGGGCAUAUACAUGCAUUCUACAUUGAAUAUGUCUACUAUGACAGACGACAGCAGGCUCGCGAGGGUCAUUAUCCUCCGCGCCGUGCUCCUGGCAUCUAUUCUGACAAGGUGCAAACGGGUGGACUAGGUCCGCGGCCAGGCUAUGGGACGAUGGCACCGCCUGCUGCG